AUGGGAGACCAAGACGAGGAAGCGGAAGGUGUAGAGAAGAUGAGAAUACCUCUGUUAAGGGAUCUAAAUGCGACGGAGGAGGAGGAAGAAGGCGGAGAAAUAAAGAGAAAAGUAUGGAUGGAGACGAAGAUGCUAUGGCGUAUCCUUGGACCAGCUAUAUUCACCAGACUCUCCACUUACUCGAUCCUCGUCAUCACUCAGGCCUUCGCCGGCCACCUCGGCGAGCUUGAACUCGCCGCCAUCUCCAUUGUCAACAACCUCAUCAUCGGCUUCAACUUCAGCCUCCUCCUUGGAAUGGCGAGUGCGUUGGAAACGCUGUGUGGACAAGCGUUUGGAGCAAAGGAGCAUGAGAUGAUGGGAGUGUAUUUGCAGCGAUCUUGGAUUGUUCUGUCGUUAUGUGCAAUCUUGCUCCUCCCUAUGUACAUCUUUGCUUCUCCAAUUCUUAAGUUCUUGGGCCAGCCUGACGACAUCGCAGAGCUGUCCGGUGUUAUCGCCGUUUGGGUCAUUCCUGUCCAUUUUUCAUUUGUCUUCUUUUUCCCUCUCAAUCGAUUCCUCCAAUGCCAGCUCAAGAAUAUGGUGAUUGCAAUUUCUGCUGGAGUGGCACUUGUAGUUCACAUAUUUGUGUGCUUGCUAUUUGUGUACGGUCUUAAACUCGGAGUCAUAGGAACCAUGGCUACUGUUAACGUGGCAUGGUGGCUCUGUGUCUUCCUAUUAUUUAGUUAUGCCACUUGUGGCGGUUGUCCGCUCACUUGGACCGGUUUCUCCAUCGAAGCUUUCACCGGACUAUGGGAUUUUGCUAAGCUCUCUGCCUCCUCCGGAGUCAUGCUUUGCUUGGAGAAUUGGUAUUAUAAGAUUUUAAUUGUGAUGACUGGGAAUCUCAAGGACACAAAAAUUGCCAUCGACUCUUUGUCUAUAUGCAUAUCGCUAGAUGGAUUGGAACUGAUGAUUCCAAUUGCCUUCCUGGCCGCUACGGGCGUACGAGUGGCUAAUGAAUUAGGAGCAGGGAAUGGUAAAAGAGCAAGAUUUGCGAUGAUGAUAUCAGUGACACAAUCGUUAAUCAUUGGAAUAAUUUUCUCAGUACUUGUCGUAUUUCUUCAUGAUCAAAUCGGCUGGAUUUUCUCUUCAAGUGAAAUCGUCAUAAAAGCAGUCAAUGAUCUCUCUAUUCUUUUAGCCUUUACGAUUCUACUCAACAGUGUUCAACCAGUUCUCUCAGGAGUUGCGAUUGGUUCGGGAUGGCAAUCAUUCGUUGCAUAUAUAAAUUUGGGAUGUUACUAUUUCAUUGGAGUUCCACUCGGAUUUCUCAUGGGCUGGUUUUUCAAGUCUGGUGUCAAGGGCAUUUGGGCUGGUAUGAUUUUCGGAGGAACCGGGAUUCAAACGUUGAUACUCAUCUUUAUUGUUAUGAGAUGUGACUGGGAGAAAGAGGCACAACAAGCAAGUGCUCGAGUUAAGAAAUGGUCUGUCUCAAACGGAAGAAACUGA